UGCCCAGUCCUCUGUUCGAAAAGGGCGCUCACGGCGAUACCAUGCAGUCGGCACCGUUGAGCUCACAGGAACUAACUAGGCAACGGAGCUGCCUUGGUGCCCCGUUGCCCACGUGGCAGCUUCUUUUGUUCGGAACCCUGGCGCCUCAAAUGGCGGUCGUGUUCACGAACCCGGUCGACACCGUAAGGGUCCGAAUGCAACUGGACCAAAAGACCGGCACCACCUACAAGAGCGCGUGGGAUUGCGCGGCGAGAAUGUGCCGUAUGGAGGGAGUCGCGAGCCUACAAAAAGGAAUCGUACCGGCGCUUGUGCGCGAGGGCACAAAAAACGUGUUCCGCAUAGGCAUGUACGAGCCGCUGUUGAGUGUAUUGUACGACAGAAAAAAAGGCGAGCAGGUCGCAUUUUGGAAGCGGGCCGUCGCAGGAGCGAUAACGGGCGCGGCGGGGGCCGUAGCGUGCAACCCGUUCGACCUCAUCAAAACCAGAAUGCAGGCAGACGCCGACCACCCGAGCAAUGCGGUGAUAGGUUGCCAAUACCGCUACUCUGGACUGACCCAAGCAAUCAGGACGAUCGUCAGUGAGGAGUCCGUGCUGACGCUCUACAAAGGACUGGGCACCAGUGCAUUGAGGUCUAUGUUGGGCGGUGCGAGCAGCUUGGCGACCUACACGGCCUGCAGAGACUAUUUUGUGUUUAGCCAAGUGUUGGGGGAUUGCGUGUACACGGACGUGUUGUGCGGAUUCAUAGCCAGCACCGUGACGGCGUUCAUCAUGAACCCCAUCGACGUGGUCAGGACCAACGUCUACAGCCAGCAGGGACGCGGCGGGUUGGCCGCCGGUGUCCGUGUGACCGCCAAGCUGUUCAAGGAAGACGGCUGCAGAGCGUUUUUCAAAGGGCUCCGACCAAACCUCGCUAGGCUGGGGCCGCAUUAUAUGUAUGAUGUUUCCCUGCCAUUCCUGCACGUUGUACCUGAAAAUUGUGUAUUAACGAUCAUUUUUUUCUUCUCGUCAGUUUGA